GGACGGCAUUCGUUGAGCCAUUUCUCUCUCUACCUCUCUUUCUCUUUCUAGAAGACUUCUCAGAGGUAGAAAGAAACCACUCGGAGGAGAAGAGAGAAGAAGACUUGUCAGAUCUGUGGCGACGACAAUGGCGUCUCCGAGGACGGUCCCGCUCUUGUAUCUCCUGAUCCUGGUCCUGGCGUCGCUGGCCGCCGCGGAGAUCCGGUUCACGGAGAUCCGAUCGGAUGACCGCCCAAUCAUCCCCUUCGACGAGUUCGGGUUCACCCACACGGGCCGGCUCGAGCUCAAUCUCUCCCACAUCACCCUCUCGCCCGCCUUCCCCGACUCCGAGCUCGGUAAGGUCGGGUUCUUCCUCUGCACCCGCGACUCGUGGCUGCACGUGCUGCAGCAGCUCGAGGACGAGGAGAUCUCCUGCGUCCUCCAGUCCGACCUCGUCAAGCAUGUCUUCAGCUUCGACAAGCUCCAGGGUGACAAGUCGAGCAUCAACACUGUGUAUUCCCAGAACGACGCUGACCAGUACACUUUAGUGUUCGCGAAUUGCCUCCAGAAACCGCAGCCUCUGAAGGUCUCCAUGGAUGUACGAUCCGCGAUGUACAACCUCGAUGGGAAGAGCGGCACGAGGGAUUACCUCUCCGCCGGCAGGACCAUCCUCCCCAGGGUUUAUUUCCUCUUCUUUCUGAUUUAUUUUGCGCUAGCGGGUCUCUGGAUCUAUGUCCUCUACAAGAAACGCCUCACCGUCUUUAAGAUCCACUUCUUCAUGCUUGCGGUGGUUGUCCUGAAAGGGCUGAAUUUGUUGUGUGAAGCUGAGGAUAAAUCGUAUAUUAAGCGCACUGGGAGUGCCCAUGGUUGGGAUGUGCUGUUCUACAUGUUUAGCUUCCUGAAGGGAAUUAUGCUCUUCACCCUGAUUGUCUUGAUCGGCACUGGGUGGUCGUUCUUGAAACCUUACUUGCAGGACAAGGAGAAGAAGGUCUUGAUGAUAGUGAUUCCCCUUCAGGUCGUGGCGAAUAUUGCCCAGGUCGUGAUCGAUGAGACUGGGCCUUUUGCGCAGGACUGGGUCACGUGGAAGCAGGUGUUUUUGCUGGUCGAUGUGGUUUGCUGCUGUGCUGUCUUGUUCCCGAUCGUGUGGUCGAUUAAGAACCUGCGUGAGGCUGCACGUACCGAUGGGAAGGCGGCAGUGAACCUGAUGAAGCUGACCCUGUUCAGGCAGUAUUACAUUGUGGUUAUUUGCUAUAUCUACUUUACCCGGGUUGUGGUUUAUGCUUUGGAGACGAUCACGUCAUAUAAGUAUCUCUGGACUAGUGUGGUGGCUGCGGAGCUGGCAACAUUGGCUUUCUACGCAUUCACAGGAUAUAAGUUCAGGCCUGAGGCACAUAACCCUUACUUUGUGAUUGAUGACGAGGAGGAAGAGGCUGCAGCUGAAGCAUUGAAGCUCGAAGAUGAGUUUGAAUUAUGAGGGAUGGGUCAAAAGUUUUGAGCUUGGACAAUUGGAUGAGCUGCUGCUGUCACUGGAUAGGAAAUCUCGAUCAAGCAAUUUGGCCUGCGCAGCAGUUUCUCAGAUCAAUCAUGCAUAGUAGGGUAUACUUUGUGCUUUGUUAUUUGUUAAUUUUGUAAUGUUGACAGCCCAGAGUACUCCUUUUUUCAGUAGAUAGCAAAUGAUAUAUGUGUGCAAAUUUAAUAGUGCAUAUUUGUAUGUACUGAUCCUAAAUUCUGCAAUAAUAUCUGGGAAUACUUUUUUGCCUCUA